AUGUUUCAUAGUGCUGUGGAAUUUGGAUGGAUAAGAGGCUUUCAGUUGGGCAAUGAUGGUCUUAGGGUGGGUCAUCUCCAAUUCGCGGAUGAUACUCUUAUUUUUCUAGACGAGUCUAGAGAUCAAGUCGACACUCUCCGCUACUUGCUGCUUCUCUUUGAGCUCACUUCAGGCCUUAGAAUAAAUUUUGCAAAGACAAGCAUGUUUGUUAUUGCAGGGGCUUCCGAUAUCACUGCUUUGGCUGAAAUGUUGGGUUGCAAAAGUGCUACAAUGGCCACUACAUACCUAGGUCUUCCUCUAGGUGACUCUUCAAAUUCACAUUUCAAGUGGGAAUCAAUCAUAGAGAAAUGCACAAAACUGAAAGUCAUUGAGGCGAUAGUGAAAGUGCUUCGGGAAUUUCUGUGGGAUGCUACUGAAGUGAAGAAGAGUCAUCGCCUAGUUGCUUGGAAGAAAGUUUGCACUCCUCUAAAGCAUGGAGGGCUGGGUGUCAAAUCUCUCAGGAGUAUGAAUAAGGCUCUCCUUUCCAAAUGGUGGUGGAGAUUCAUCACUGAAAAGGAUUCUCUUUGGAGGAAAGCAAUGGAGUCUAAACAUGGUUCGUGUGCCUUUGACAAGGAAACGCGUAAACCUAAAGCUUCCAAAGGUUGUGGUCUGUGGAAAGGGAUUUACAAACAACUAAAUUCUUUUAAGCAAAGUAGCAUAAUUCAAGUGGGAGAGGGGAGUUCUGUCCUGUUCUCGGAGGAUCAUUGGGUGGGAAUUGCGUCUCUGGCCACCUCCUUCCAAGUGUGUAUGUUAUCGUUUCGACUAAGAAAUGGACAAUUCAAAUAUGCGUUCAAGCCAUUCAGCAAGGAGGAGCUUGGAACCUGGGAUUAG